UGGUUUUUUUGGAUUCCGCUGCUAUUUUAUAAAACUAAAUUAUUUUAAGUGGUUUUUUUAUAUUUAAGCGGUUGCAGAGGGUUGAGGAGUGGGAUCCAAACAGGCAACCCAUUUAAAACCGCGGUGACAGUUGAAAGCAGAGCGAGCAAACGCAAGAAACCGGAAACCGGCCAGAAAUCACAGCAAAAGCACCAGGAAGAUGAGUUUUCCGGACAAAGCGGAGCGCACCAAGUGCUGGAGCAACCGGGAUGAGUACUGGAAGUGCCUGGACGAGCACGCCCCAAAGCACAGCUCUACCAGCGGCGAAAAAGUCCCUUCCGCCUGCCAAAAUCUCCGGAAGCUGUUCGAGCAAUCCUGUCCAGGCCAAUGGGUCAAGCAUUUCGACCGCAAGCGCACCUACGAGCAGUUCAAGGAGAAGAUGGCCACUGGGUACGAUCCUCUGGAUGAGCGCACAAAGGCCGGAAAGCAGGCCAAUUGAUCCCGAUCCAGGAUUUCCGAGAGCAUCCGGUGGCCUCCGCAGUCAUCCGUGUUUUUGUACUGUUGUAGGGUAGUGUAAAUAAAUAACCCAUCUAGCUAUAUGACUACAAAUGGA